AUGGAAAUUCAGUAAUAAAAUGUUAUUUAUUUAAAGCACAUUUAUAGAAAAGAUUAGAAUAAGAUAAGAAAGAAAAUAUCAUAUUGGUUAAUUAAAAAAUAAAGACUUAGGAAGAUAUGGCAAAUGAAACAAAUUUUGAUGAAAAGCUCCUCAAUUAGUAUUAACAAUUUUAUAAAAAUGACCAUAAAAAAUUUUAGAUAAAGAAUCUAAGUUUUAUUUUUGGAUCUUUUUUUGUUAAUCAAACAAUUAUCCUUAUGAGAUCUAAUAAAUAUAAUAAUUCAAUAAUUGGUUUAGAUAAAUGCACUCUUGAAAAUAAUCUAAUUUUAUUAGCAAUAAUUGGAAUAAAUCUUACUUAUACAUUUUUUGUUUAUUGGAGUAAAAGAAAUGAAGAAUAUUAUAAAGAUAUUGUAUAAUAUAGACCAAAUUAGAGAUUCUUUAAAGAGAAAAAAUAAUUCUUUUUUUAUUAUUUGGGUGGUUUUUUAGCUGGGUUCAGCACAGGAUUGUUAGGUAUGGGAGGUGGUUUAAUUAUGGUGACCUUUUUAUUAUCAUAAAAAAUAAUUGCAAGAGAAGCAGCUGCCACUGCUGCUUUUGGAUCAUUUAUGAUUUCUCUUAAUAGUCUGAUCUAAUUUAUUUUGUAAAAAACUAUAACUGAUGAACAAAUGCUUGUAUUUUUCAUUUUAGGAGUAAAUUAUUAAAUUACUAUAUAGAUUUUAGGAGUAAUAAUUAUAGCUAAACCUUCAUAUAUUUUUAUGAACAGAUUCAAAAUUGGAUAUAUUAUUUUAAUUGUAGACAUUAUUUAAGUGUCUAUCAAUGUAUUUUCAAUCUUCGCCUUGAUUAUUAUCAAUACCAUUUUAUAUGGAUUUGAUGCAAUGUUAAAUUACUACUCCCAUUGUUGA